CUCCGAACGGUCCCUUCGCUUCAGAAUUCAUGCGAUGGACUAGUGAUUCAAUUAAAAGUUGAACCCUUUUUUUCUUUACGAAUUGUCUUAUAUACUGCGCCGUGGGGAUGGAUGAAAAUGCCACAAGAGACUCGGGAAGUCUCACAAUCGUUAUAAAAUUGGGCACAAGCUCUAUCGUCGACGAGAAUAGCCAUGAACCAAUCCUUUCUAUAUUGACAUUGAUUGUCGAAACGGCCGUCAAAUUACGUAGGGAUGGACAUAGGGUCAUUCUGGUUUCAUCGGGCGCCGUUGGCGUAGGAUUGCGGCGGAUGGAUGUAGAGAAAAGACCGAAGCAUCUUCCUCGAAUACAGGCAUUGGCGGCUGUUGGUCAAUGUAGACUCAUGAGCCUGUGGGAUAGUCUAUUUGCACAUCUUAGACAGCCCGUGGCGCAAAUUCUCUUAACACGAAAUGACAUUGCAGACACAACUCAAUAUCUCAAUGCCCAAAAUACAUUUUCGGAACUCUUGAACAUGGGAGUAAUCCCUAUCGUGAACGAGAACGAUACUUUGGCAGUUGCAGAAAUCAAAUUCGGAGAUAAUGAUACCCUCUCGGCAAUUACUGCAGCCAUGGUGAAAGCAGAUUAUCUUUUCCUCAUGACAGACGUUGACUGUUUGUACACGGCAAACCCACGGACUAGUCCAGAUGCAAAACCCAUUGAAGUCGUCUCUGAUAUAUCUGCUCUGCAAGCCGACGUCUCAACAGCCGGCUCUGCUCUGGGAACCGGUGGCAUGAGUACGAAGAUUGUCGCUGCCAAAUUGGCAACCAGUGCUGGCGUGACAACGGUCAUUACUCGAAGUUCAAAACCCGGCAAUGUCCACGAAAUUGUUAGAUACCUUCAGCGACUCAAAGAUACACUGAUAAGCUCGCCCCAGCUUGACAGAGGUUCGGACGCCAAGCUUGAAGAUGUGUCCGACAUACCAAGAGCACCUCUUCACACUCGUUUCCUGCCCUCCGCCACACCAGUCCAGUCUCGUUCAUUCUGGCUACUUCAUGGCCUUAAGCCCCACGGAACAGUCUACAUAGACCAAGGCGCAUACAAUGCGUUGCAAAACAAAGCAGGUCUUCUCCCGGCUGGUGUGGUAGGAGUCGAGGGUCACUUUGCUCAACAGGAAGCAGUCAAGCUAGCAGUUGUUGAGAAGCGCGCUUCAUCUGCACUGGACGGUGAUUUCAUGCACCACGGAGAGGAGCCAAAAGAGGUGGGGAGAGCGCUGGUCAAUUAUGGAAGUGCGGAGAUCCUUCGGAUCAAGGGGGUGCGAAGCACGCAGAUCCAGUCUAUCUUGGGUUACGCCGAUAGCGAAUAUGUUGCUCUUCGAGAAAACAUAUCCUUUUUCGAGGCACCAAGUCGUUCUGCCACCCCGUCAUCAUUCGAGAGACUAGCACACCGAUAAUCGAUACCCGUGACGAGAGGCCAAGCAUGGACGCUGCGCCAGAUUUUUUGGAAGAUCAUCCGCCCUCCACGUAAGGACUGGCAUGUACGACUCAGCAGGCCUGAGAUUGAACAUACCACCAUUACGUAGUAUAGUGUCGUGCAAGCAUCUUAAGGAGGUCGGUAUAUGACUGCUCUCUAAGAUGACAUAUAACG